AUGAGAUUCUCCGUAUGGGCACUGCUUCUUUCCCAGGUUUGGGCUGCACCGCAGGCUAAACGUUCCUCCAAUUUUCUCUGGCUGGGUAGCAAUGAGUCGGGCGCCGAGUUCGGCCAGGCCAACAUCCCCGGGAAGUUGGGGACAGACUACAUCUGGCCUGAUGCCGACAAGAUCAAGGUCCUGGUCAACGCGGGCAUGAACAUCUUCCGCGUUCCGUUCAUGAUGGAGCGGUUGAUCCCUACACAACUGACUGGGGCAGCGGAUGCCACCUACAUGGCGGAUUUGAAGGCUACCGUUGAGUCAAUCACUAGCCUCGGGGCUUAUGCCGUCGUGGACCCGCAUAACUUCGGACGAUACUACGGAAACAUCAUUACGUCCACAUCCGACUUUGCCGCUUUCUGGACCACCGUCGCCAAAGUUUUCGCAUCAAAUGACCAUGUCAUCUUUGAUACCAACAACGAAUUUCACGAUGAGGACCAGACCCUGGUCUUGAAUCUCAACCAAGCAGCCAUCACCGCCAUCCGUGCCGCCGGCGCGACAAGCCAGUACAUCUUUGUCGAGGGCAACUCCUACAGCGGCGCUUGGACCUGGACCACCUACAACACCAACCUGGUCAACCUGACGGACCCGUCCGAUAAGAUCAUCUACGAGAUGCACCAGUACCUUGACAGCGACGGCUCUGGCACGAGCGCCGACUGCGUGAGCUCCACCAUCGGCGCUGAGCGCGUCGCCUCCGCUACCACCUGGCUGCGCCAGAACGGCAAGCGGGCCAUCCUCGGUGAAUUUGCCGGCGGUGCAAACAGCCAGUGCCUGACUGCUGUACAGGGUAUGCUGGACGCUCUGAGCGCUGCCAGCGACGUGUGGCUGGGCGCGCUCUGGUGGUCUGCUGGGCCGUGGUGGGGAACCUACAUCUUCAACAUGGAACCGACGACGGGCAUCGCGUACAGCUAUUAUCUGUCCCUUUUGCAGAGCUAUGCUCCCGGGAAAACGUCGGGAACUACAACGACCUCGGUUGCCACCGCUACCACGACUACCAAGCUCCCGACAACGAGCACCACUACUACAACCAAGACGACUACCGGUGCAACAUCCACUUCCACUGCCGUGGCACCUCACUAUUCCCAAUGCGGUGGACUGGGCUGGACUGGAGCUACGACAUGCGCGAGUGGCUAUACCUGCACUAAGCAGAAUGAGUACUACUCGCAGUGCUUGUAG